UACAAGACUGUAAUUCUAGAAAAAAACAGUUAUUGCUUUCGGCAAUACCUGUUCCAGAUAAGGUGUCAAAUCACAAGAUUAAAGAAGUUUUUCAUACAACUACAGGUUUUAUCAAACUUAAUCUACAGGAAAAGUAAAUCUUGACGCUACAUUCUUUUAUAUAUUAUCUCUCUCUCUCAUACAGUUUCUAUCUCAUAUUAUCAUAUCAACAGCAAUAUGUUUCAAAGUAUGUUUGACGUAAAAAAUAUGGACGGAAUAAUGGACAAUAAUAUUUCAUCAUCAAAACAAAGCUUUUUAUAUAAUAAGAAUGCAUUAAAUUUGAAGUCAUCACUUUCCGAAACAUUUCCUUUUCGAGGUUUCCCUGAGAACGAAAUUUCAACAAUUCACAGUCAUGUAAAAAACGUAAACCACUUGUACAAAACCAUAGAAUGCGAUUUUCCUCGUUCAGAAAUUGUAGCUGAUGUCAGUCCAAAUUCUGCAUCAUAUAUUAAUCGGCAGGCUGAUUCGUUGAAACAUCAAUUAAGUAAUAAUCCAAAGAAUUGGCUGAACAGAAAUAAUAAAUAUCAGAUGUCGUUUUACCAACAAUAUCUGCUCAAUAAGAAGUACAAUAUACCUACUAGAAUUAGUACCACUAAUGAACCAGAUCUUUGGUAUUCAUCAUCUCAGACGAUAUAUCAGGAUACAUGCUCUAUAAAGACAUAUAAAGAUAGUGAGAUAAUAACGAAUUUGUGGCAAGAUAAAAUUCCACGACACUUUAAUAAUGUUAACUACGAAUAUAAAAAAAGUGAAAAUGAUGUUUUCGAUAAAGAUAAAAAAUUUGGCGUUUCGCAAAUGAUAAUGGAUAUUGGCCAAAAUGCAACAAUUAAAGAUAAUAUAGAUAUGUGUUGGGACGAAGACCAGAACAUUGUCGUAGAUACGGACGAUCUUUUGGCGACAGUGCGCGAUAGACUUAAAACAAGUUUAAAGAAUUUUUUAAAACGAGCGCAAGAAGGAACGUUUAUUGAAUUGUCGACUUUCCCAUGCACCAGAUCGCAUCCACAGUCGAACUCCUUAAAUUUGUUAUGUUUUAUGUCAAAAGAUCAAAAACCUGGAAUGCCACGCAAAGUUUCAGAACAAAAUUUUAUAUCUAGUAUUUCAAAUAGUAACAGCAACAGCUGUUUAUUUUUAAAUCAGCAAAAUGCGGAGAUUAAUUUAAAAAAGAAUCAAAGAGGAUCGGUCAAAAAAACGGAACAAAAGGCAUUUAAUGGAUUGCAAAUCAAAUGUAAUACUCAGGAAAUCAAUAAAGUAACUGAAUCGCAAUUACUGCAAAAUAAUCUAGAUUACAUUACGGAAAAGAAAGUGAUUACACUUGAAUGCAGAGAAAAUGAUUCAGAAGAAUCAAUGCACGGAUGCAAAAUAGUAGAAUCAAAAUCGAACGAUAUAAAUCCAGAAAACAAUUUUCAAGCUCAUUCAAUGUCUCAACUAGCUGCGUACAAAAAACAUUAUUACGACACCUUAUUGAGUGUUCAGAGAGCUAAAGUCGCAGUCACAAAUUCUUUAGCAUCUUCCUCGGAUCAUUUAAUGAGUUACGAUGAUCCGUAUUACUCGAAUUAUAUAGAUCAGCAACACCUGUUUCAUCAACAGCGUCAUUUCAUGACGAGACCGCAAUUUUUAACAUAUCCGGUUGAGUUAUCCGGAAUAUCAAACGUGCAUGGUAAUCAAUACAGUUGGGCGAAAUCAGUCUAUAAAUAUUUAUUACUGAAGCAAUUAAGACUCCAACAGCAGGUAAGAAGAUGUAAAAACAUAAGUAAGAUUAUUCCAGAACACGUGUUUACUCACCGUAUAUCGUUUCAGACUUCGCCCCUGUAUGCCCGAAAUCAAGAUGGUCGGAUUCAUCGUUACAUCGGAUCUGUGUAUCCCUAUUCCUUUACGUCAAACGAAAGUGCUCAAGCGAAGCACUUCAUACGCCGUAAGAGUUUGGAAGACAUAGUCGGAAAAUUGAAGGAGAUUGAACGCAACAACAUUAACAAUUGAGCGAUUUUUCUCCUGCAUUGAAGUGAGAAACUCUAUUGAGCGGCACUUAUAUAAAGUUGCACGCACAAAUGGUACAAUCUUAUAAUUUCUGUUCAUUCCUGUGUAUGGCAGCUCUAAAUAUCAAGAUAAAGAACUAGUUAAUACUAAUAAUAUCAGUAAGAAUGUUAAAAAACUCACAUAAUCAUAGAUUGAGAAAAUAUUAAGAUAAAUAUAGUACAUAUAUAAGCUCGACAUAGAUUUUUUUACCGCUCUCGUAAAUGUUCAUAUUUUUCUUUAUAUUUGCUUUGUUUUUGUAUUGAAAAUAAUUGUUACGUGUUAUUAUGUAUUAAUUAUAAAAAGAUUAUCGUAUAUAAUGAUUUAUAUGUACACAUCUCUCGUUGGAUAUCUUGAUUCCUUAUAAGACGUAAAUCUUAUAGGGGUCUUAUAAGGUUCAAUCGCGCAACGAUUUUGAUAAUUCUGUUUAUAUUUUAAAUGAUUGCGUGACAUAAUGGUUUUUCAGUGGUAUACGCAGAAUAUAAUGUUAUAUUUUUAGAUGCGAAUCACCAAUUGAACUGUAUUUAACGCACUUAUUAAUGAAUGGACAUUAUAUUCUGUUUGAGUAACAUUACACAAAAUUCACUCUGACUAGAUGAUUUGUGAUAUAUUCUUAAAUAACGUACACAGUCACACGCACAACUCCGCACAAUCAAUAAUGUAUACAAUACUCGUUUUCGAGUUACUCCUAGAUGUACAAAAUGACGUUUAAAAGAAUACGUGACAACGCUAACUUAGAUGUUACGUGACUCAUCGAUCAUUUAUUGUCCAGAUCAUUCGCUAUCAGCGCGACAAAAUCACCAAGAUGCUUCGCAUAAUAUCUGCGUUAUUCUUGGUAAUCUGUCAAGCCAUAUUCAUCCAUAUUCAUUCAUAUUCAUUCUCAGACCUCUGUUCAAGACAUUCAAUUCACGAUUCGCCUACAAUUAAUGUGUCGCUACAGUUUGAUGUUCAUUCUAAAUAUUGGCAGCAUCACAUUAUGCACUCACAUGUAACUGAAUAUAUAAAUACAAUGACGCUAUCAGUAUCCGCGCGAAUAUAUCUAUAUAAAUAUUUUAGAACACAUUCGACAUAUUUAAAUAAGAUGAAUAUUCUUACUUGAAAUAUAUAACGCGUUAUGUCUAUUAUUUAGUGAGAAAUUAGGCCAAUUAAAUUAUCCUGCUAAAAGAAUUAAAACGAAAAUUGUCAAAAAUUUAGAAUGUAAAAUUAAAGUUCUAAUAUUUGAAAUCGUGAAGAAAUAUAAUUUUCAAAUAAUUAAGAAGUUUAUUUUAUACAAUGAUUUUCUGUCGAUUCCUUUUAACUCGCCUGAUUUUUGAAGGAUAUCAUGUACAGACUUGGAUUGUCAUACUAUCACUAUAGGUCAUUAUCGAUCGAACCUAGUAUAUAAAAAGAAUCUGCGCUAUUAAUCAUAAUUGAAAUUUAUUGCCUGAAUGAUAAGUUAUUCAAAUUCACUUCAAAGAAAAUAGUGCUUUAUGUAUCACAAACAUGCUGUUACUGAUACUUUAUUAAUUUGCUUCGUUGAAACAAAUAAUUAUCGCAAAUAUUGAAAUUAAAUGACACUUUAAUUUUUAUUAUGUAUAUAUACAUAUAUAUAUAUAUAUAUAUAUAUAUAUAUAUAUAUAGAGCAAUAAUGAUGACUUCAAGAUAGCUAGUCCUUUAUUGAUACUUUAUUUAACAACAAAUUAAGUUUUCUUGAUCAUUUUUGAAAGAUUUUAAAAUUAACAUUUAAAUUAUUUUAUAAAUAACGAUAUAAGACACAAAAUAAAAUAAUUCCGUAAUUGAAGAAUUGUAGAUUGAGAAGAAAUCGUAAAUUUAAUUUCUUUAGUAAUUGAAUUGUAAUUGGAAGUUAUUUUAUUUAUGAAAUAUUAAUUGAAAGUAGCAUUGUAUGUGUGCGUGUGUGUCAAAAAGCAUAAAAAUCUUAUAAAAUAUAAAUUUAUUUUUGAAUAUAUGUAUUAUAAUAUAACAUUUAUAUGAAUAUAUUUAUUAAAAAAUUAGAAUUUCGAAUUAAAUAAUCGCGCAUAUUUGUGCUAUAAUUUAACAUAUUUUGCACAUGUCGCUAAUCCACUUGAAUUUAGAAUAUUAAUUAACGAACAUGAUAAAACACGAAUGAUAAAUUAAAAUGUUAUAUAAUGCAAAAUGUAACGAGAAUAAGUAAUGAAAAAUAUUUCUUUGAUGUAUAAACAAAGUUUAUGCCGGUCUUAUAUCUGAUGACAUUACACUGCUAUAUGUGCCGAAUUCAAAUUUAAAUAUGACAAAUUAUAACAGAUUCUAAAAUUAGAAUUUCUUUGAUAUAAAGUCACUAAGAGAAAGAAUGGAUUCAAUCGAUAUAUACUAUGUUCAAAGAGCGUUUUCUAUAUUUCUUCUGGCAGUGUCUGUACAUUUUUUUAACUCAAAAAUAAUUGCCUUAUAAUGCCAAGUGACAUUUUAAUUUAUUCGAUUAGUUACUCUAAAAUGACAUUAUUAAAUUUGAGAUAUAUUCACACUUUCAAAUGUAUUCCAGCAUAUUGAUAAUGGGCCACGGAAAAAUUACUCAUUAUUUCUUAUUGUGCCUAACAAAACAUGAGUUAUGACAUUCUCGAUAUUUGCCACAACGAAGCUGCUGUAUUACAUGCUAUUUUUCUUUAUAAAUCUAUAUGAACACGCAUUUCUCUUACACUAUUAAUUGAUUUAAGGUCGACGCAUCAAAAUUUAAUUAAUGUGUGAUUUAUGUGCCUGUUUGCUAUGUUUAUGUUUACAUUCGUAGUAUUGUAUCAAAAGACAAAAUAGCUGUUUUAGUAGUGGCCCUAAUAAAGACUAAACUUAACUAAUAUGUUUGUGUUUAUUCAAUCGCAUGAUAGAUCGUGAUAAAUCGAAUAAAAGAGAAACGAGGUAUCAGAGAGAAAUUCGCUUUAAGAAUAUUACAUAUUAAAAGAGAUUCAAUAGCACGAGCAAUCAAGAAACAAGCACUCAAUAGUUUUUCUAGGAUGAAUUGUACUUCUAAUACGAUAUGUAUGUACUAAAAAAUACCUUGCUCUUUAAAUUUAUGGAUUAUUAAGAGAUAGUUGUACAAAAAAAUGACUAGAGUUGACACUAGAGUUUCUUAUUAAAGCGGAAAAAUAACACAAUACAUAAUACUGCUCGUCUAGUAACUUUAAAGCUAUGUAAAAUGUCUAGAAAUAGUACGUAUAUUUCUUUAUAGGAACAGGGACGGACCAUUCUUUUUUAAAAUUUGAUUAACUGUAGCAAAACCUAUAUUUUCUGCAUUAUAUAAAAAAAGAUAAAAAUUACGAUUAUGUGUUUUAGGUAUCUAAUUAUCUAAUUUGUUAAAAUUUAAUGAAAAAUGUAAUCACCUAUCUAUCAAUUAUUGUUUUUCAAAAUUAAUAUUAUUUAAUUUGAGAAUAUUAUACAGAAUCAUUUGCUUCAAGUAAAAUCAAUUAAGCAUAAUCAUUUUUUAAGUCCGUCCUUGUGCAAGAAUGAUACUAUUGUAAUAUAAUGAACACACUCCAGAAUUUACAAGCCAAUUGAAAUAAUAUAACAAAUAAUCAUUCCAAGCAUACUAUUCCAUUCAUAGAGGAAGAAAUAAUAAAUGCCAAACCAAUCCUGCAGGGCAAACAAUAUUGAAAGAGUUAUAUAAUGUUAUGUAUUAUUUGAAAAUUUUCAGAACAUAAACCUAUUAUAUGCAAAUUCUUUUUAAUAUGUUAC